GGUCGGAGUUGGCGGCCCGCUGCGUCCAGUUCUCCGUCCCGGCCCCGGCCCGGUCCCGCCGCCAUGGCCUCCCGGCUGCUGCACGCCGCGGUGCUGGGGCCGCCCGGCUCGGGCAAGGGCACCGUGAGCCAGCGCGUGGCGCACAGCUUCGGCCUGCAGCACCUGUCCAGCGGCCGCUUCCUGCGCGACAGCCUACGCGCCGGCUCCGAGGCUGGCGACAUGGCCAGGCAGUACCUGGAGAAGGGCCGGCUGGUGCCUGACCACGUGAUCACACGGCUCAUGGUGUCUGAGCUGGAGCUCCGGAGCGGCCAGCACUGGCUGCUGGAUGGUUUCCCGAGGACACUGGGGCAGGCCGAGGCCCUGGACAAGGUCUGCAACCUGGACCUGGUGGUCAGCCUGAACAUCCCCUUCGAGACCCUGAAGGACAGGCUCAGCCGCCGCUGGAUUCACCUGCCCAGUGGCCGCGUCUACAACCUGGACUUCAACCCUCCACUCGUCCCGGGCGUGGAUGACGUCACGGGGGAGCCGCUGGUGCAGCAGGAGCACGACAGGCCUGAGGCGGUGGCCGCCCGGCUUCGGCGGUACAAGGAUGCGGCAAAACCGGUCAUGGAGCUGUACCGGAGCCGCGGGGUGCUGCACCAGUUUUCAGGGACAGAGACGAACAAGAUCUGGCCUUACGUUUACACCCUUUUCUCCAACAAGCUGGCGCCUCUCCAGUCCAGAGAAGCCAACUGAGGCCGGGGCAGGUGGGAGCCCCCAACCUGCGCCUUCUCUGGCCACCUGAGCAGCUGGCCAGGACCAAACAGGGUGACCCGAAGGGAGAACCAGCAAGCGUAAGAGCCCGGGAGAGGCCUGCUGGCCCGGGCCCUGUCCCCACUGUCCACCCUGUGCCCCUGUGACAUGGAAGCCGGCCGCUGUCAUUGCGGGGUUCCCAAGCAGCGGCUGUCACUGAUGCUUCAGGAGCAGCGAUGCCCACUCCCUGCUCCGGCUCCAGGGACCCCCUCUCAGACACCCGGGACGAGGGAUUGGCUUCCACCGGCCGAAGUCUUUCCAUCCGUUUCCCUCGGCCUACCUGGGGCAGCUCUAGGCAGUGACACGCAGGUACUUCCUGCCUCUGUCCCUCUCUUCCUGUGACCUGGGGUGGGAACCCCAGGAAUCUCCAAGCCCGGAAGCUGAGCCUGCAGUGCACCUUCAUCUCCAUGGCUGCCUGACUCUCCCACCCGCUCUCCUCCUCUUAUUGUGAGAAAAUUAGACCCCCAUAGUCUGCGAGUUUUCAGAAUCAUGGGAAAUACAUACAGAAAUGCUACAAGAUCAUCGCAUCUAUGGACAGAAGUAGUCAGACUGUGGGAUUAUGGGAUGCGUAGGAUAGUUGAGCUCUUUGUUGCAGACAGCAAAAUGGAUUCUGACCCAGCUGACACACCUGGGUGCCCUCCCAGGGUGACUGCAGCGCAUCACCAGGCGGUACUCAAGGCGCUGAAGCCCCGGGUGGAGGAAGAUGUCGCAUUGGCUAGGCUGACGACAGCUUUGCCAUUAUGGGGAGACAAAGUCUUUUUCUUUUCUCCUAUAUUCCAAAGAUGCGGUCUGUGGGUGGCUAUGAGGUCUAGAAAUGCAGACACUAACGCCUUGUCAUCCCACCAGCUGUUUGUUAAAAGGCGUUCCUGGUUCUGGCCACCACCUGCGCCCUUGGUCUCCUCUGGGACGAACCUUGACAUGGUUCCUGCUGCCUUACGAGUGUGUAUGCCCUGCAUGCCCCGUGCCUGUCCCCAGGGCAUCCUUUGCUCUUCCUGGGAGUGAAUUCCUUUUGACUCUUGUACUAGGGAGCUAACAAGAAGCCUGUUUCCGCCUGCAGUGGUGUUGGCGUGCACAUUCCGCCUGCAGUGCCCAGCACUGGCUGCCCCCGCCAUAUGCAUUCUGGACGCCAGUGUGGCCACCCUCCCCCUUCCGGCUGCCCACCUGGCCAGUGCUCUCCCCGCAUUCCUUCUCGUGAAUGCUCCUUGGCACUCAUAGAUAAGCUCAGGGUUUCUGCGGAACCAGGUAGAGAGCAACUCGGGGAUAUUGCACAGGUCAGCGUUGCCAUGGAGAGGACGUUCCCAAAGUAGGAAAAGCAGAGUUAAAGUUAUGAUGGGCUAUUAAGAGGAGAGCGUGUGCUCUGGGGAGUAGAACCGUCCUCCCUGCCUUCUAACGGAAUGAUUGCCUUUAGGACUUGGGGCAGUGAUGGGGGAGACAGCUGAAUCUGGGCCAUGUACUCUGCACCGGUCUUUCCUCCCUUCCGUGGAACACAUGAUCGUGGCCACUUCCGGUCAGGCAGAGUUUCAGCAGUGUCCGCUGGGGCUGAGACCCAGGCUUUGAAUAGGCGAUGGUCACAUUCAGUGGCCUAAGAAAAAACAAGUAUUUUUGGUUUUUCUCUUUUAACUCACUAGUAUUCUCUUAACGUGAACAUAAUUCAUGGAAAUAGUUUGACAGAAGUAAAACUGAAGGAGCCUCUUUCUUUUCCCUUCAGUUGGAUGUCUCUGCGAAGCCUGCCCCUUCCCGGAAGUGAGCUCCCCAAGUCUUGCCCCUUGCAACCCCAGGGCCUGAGUGGCUCCCUUCUCCCUGGGGCUGCAUCCCAGGCCAGCAGAGGCUGCUAAAGUGACAAGUCCAUUCCUUUCCUCUUGCCUGACGCAGAGGAAGCUGCUAGAGGAGGCUGAGCUCUCGCCCCUCCCGAGUCCUCCUGUGUGUAGAGCAAGGCCGCAGAAGCAGCCGGGUGUGGGCCUUGCCUGGCCUCUGAUGUCCUCGGGCUGUGACCCUGGGGGAGCCUUUGGCCUUGAGCCGGCCCUGUCUGUGCCGCCUGCACCUUGGCCUGGAAGCUGCCCGGACACAGCCGCUUUUCCUCCUUGAGGCCAGAAGAAAUUCCCGCCUGGCUCCGACCCCAGCAAGGCCCCAAUGCAGGGUGAAUCCUGGGAAGCGCAAGCGCCAUCUCCAGCGCCUCCCUUGGGUGCCCUUUGCCUUCUGUGCCCUCGUCCCUGUACCCAUUGUGUGGCCACACGGUUCUGAGUGCCAGUUCUCCCCCUGCCCCUCCACUUCUCACUCCGAGCCCGGGCUCGAGAGGGACUUGCUCCCCGGUCACAGCCGCUGCUUCCCACAACUCAGCUCAGCUGCGGUUGGUGCUGGCCUCACCACAGCCCCUGGCUGGCAGAGGGAGCUCAGGCAGGGGUGGUUGAGGGGUGCUGCCGCUGCAGGCCUCUUUCUGCCGCUUGAGCUGCUGAGGUGGGACCGUUUUAGGUAGGAAGAUGCCUGCACCGACCUGUGAAUAGGGUUCUGAUAAAAUUUACUUCACUGUAACCCAAGCUCAGUGUUGGACAUUGGCUGUGUGUCUGAGGAGGAGAAGCCUGCAGGGCCAAUACUCCCUGUGCACAAAAGAGGGGGCGUCCUUGGUAGAUCCUCCGUCGGGCGUCACCUCGUGACAUGGUGAGCAGCAGCCCAGUGCUGUGGACAUUACCCCAGUGACCGCAUGGCCUUGGAUUUAGACACCGAAAUAACCCUGUUUAUUUGAACACCGGCUUCCCACAACUGUGAGGAUUCACGAGGAGAUUCCAGACUCCCUUUCUCUCCUGUUCCCUGGUUGGAUGGAGCUUCCCGAGCACGCACCUGCGCCUGUCUGCCGGCCUGGCUCUCCACCUCCAGUGUCGGCACCAGUGGUAGUGCGGGCUGUAGAGACGGGCCCGCGUCUCCCCUGCACCCUGCUGGCGAGCGUCUGGGGUGUCUGCGCUCACCUGGUGGAGUUCACCUCUGCCCCUCUGUGUAACACAAGGUCUUUGGCAGAGGGCGGCUCCAAGGGAGAGACCAUUGUUCAGAGUCGGAGUUGCUUUCUUAAUCUGCUUCCAGUUUUAGUGGCUCCUUGGUGCCCUUGCCAACUCCAAAGAAGAACCCGGUGUUGAACGUUUCUUGAAUGUGAGCGUGUGGUCUGCUCAUAAACUGUCACUCUCUCCCACAUGUCACCGAUGCAGCCUGGCUUCCAGAGGAGGAUGCAAGGCAGGCAUGGCCAGACCGUUAGGCUGCUUUUCAACAGCUCCCUGCGUCUGCCGAGGCAUUAAGAUUCAAGUGAUUCACCAGUGCCAGACCUUAUCUUUCUUGUACCUAUUGCACAAUUCUUGCUGGAAUAAAUGCCAUUAUUUGUAUGCUUUGGGAUGUCCCUGAGUUUGGUCACCCCGUAUGUGUGGUGUGUGAGGGAUGGGGCCUUUCCUGAGGGCUGAAGCUGUGCGUGGAUUUGGCACGGAUGUGAACUCCAUCCUCUGGUGACCAUCAGGCUCUUGAAGUAAAAGAUUUCCUGUAGAAAGCUUCUCAGAGGAGCACCCUGCCUUCAGGUUCCCCCCGGUACAAGCCAUUUUGUAUGUAGAGAAAAGGGAAGAAAAAUGGGGACUCAGUGUUGAAGUUAGCUCAAGGAGUAUUGGGCUCAGCGCUCUUCUAGUUUUAUGUGAAUUUGUGCUACUGACUUUUCAUACACCUGCUUCGGAGGUGGGCAGAUCUCUGGACACACUGCUGAGUUUCCGUGGCUUUUCACUGUGACCCUGGCUCCAAGCUCACGCCGGUCUUGUGGCCCAGUGACCCCCGAACGGGGUUUAUUGUCCUGUGAGAUGCAGCUUCCCUGGAGCCCCGAGUUUACAAUGCACCAGAGCCCCCCUCUGCAUGACAGCAGUGCCCUUUGAUUCUGUGCUUAUUAAUUCAAAGCCUCAACCUGUCGUCUGUCCUCUGUCCUCACUGUUAAUUGUAUGAUUGUUUUGAUUAUCUGGUUUAAAGGUUGAUUCCUACUUUUCAAUUUGAUAGAAAUAAAGUUUUUUCUUCUGCUUACAA